AUGACUCAAACAUUACGAAUCGUUGGUUUAUUAUCUCGACGUGUUGGUUCAUCAUUAUCUGCUUCACAAGUCUUUUUUGAUUUAUUUGAUCGAACACCAACUAUUGACAAUACACCGAGAAUAGGAAAAAUAUUGAAAAAAUUCCGUGGAGAAAUUCACUUUGAUCAAGUUGAAUUUGUUUAUCCAACACGACCAACAGCUCGUGUCCUGAACAAAUUUGAUUUGAUCGUAAAACCAGGUCAACGUGUUGCUCUCGUUGGUGCAUCAGGAUGUGGAAAAUCGACAAUUAUUCAAUUAUUAGAAAGAUUCUACGAUACAAAUCGAGGUCGAAUACUUCUAGAUGAUACGAAUAUUCGCGAAUUAAAUCUCCAUUGGAUACGUUCUCAUUUUGGUCUGGUUAGUCAAGAACCAAUUCUGUUUGAUUUAACAAUUAUGGAAAAUAUAACUUAUGGAUUAGAAAAUAUUUCAAUGGAUGAAGUUAUCAAAGCAACAAAAAAAGCAAAUAUUCAUCAAUUUAUUCAACAAUUACCUCAGGGUUAUAAUACAAAUGUUGGUAUCAAAGGAAGUUUUUUAUCAGGCGGAGAAAAACAACGUAUUGCUAUUGCUCGAGUUCUUCUUCGUCAACCAAAAGUUUUAUUGUUAGAUGAAGCAACAAGUGCAAUGGAUUCAUAUAAUGAAGAAAUUGUACAAGCAGCUCUCGAUCAAGCUCAAACAGAAGAUUCGACUCGAACAUCGAUUAUUAUCGCUCAUCGUCUUUCAACAAUUCGUUCAUGUGAUUUCAUUUGUGUACUUAACAAAGGAUUUAUAGUAGAAAGUGGAACACAUUCGAAAUUAAUACAACAACGUGGUAUUUAUUAUAAAAUGCUCAAUACUCAAAAUGGUUUAUCGUAA